AUGCAGCAACCAAAACCGUUCUACCAGCAACAUGAUGCCUAUGGUCCCAGACCCUUAGAUCAAUCGGAGAGCCAGUCAAACCGGCCACUUCAAACAUUUGUCCUUCCAGACAACCCUGCAUCAGUAGGACCAUCCAACCUGUACCAUCCCCCAAGUCAAGAGAAAGACAUUUUCACUGGACCCCCUGCAGGUUUCCAGAUGGCACCCUGUGGGUGCUUUUUCGAUCCCCGGAUAUAUCGCAUAGAAUGGGCAAUGACCAAUUUCGUGCAACCGUCAGUUUAUAAACUCACGGGUGGAUCAAGUUCACCAAACGCUUACCUUCUGGACCCCCACCGAUACCUCAAGAGUCCUGUCCAGACAGUCCCCUACCCACCUUACCACCCGAUCCCGAGCAACCCCCAAUACAUCAUGCCUUAUUUCAAUCAGGAAGGCCCCGCCAAUGGGACAGAACAAGGUAAUUUGGUCCCUGACCCACUCCACGACUCCCAGUUUCUUGAGAUGCCUCAGCCGCAGGAAGAUGGUCAGAACAAUGACAACAAACAGCCGCAGCUCCUCGUAUCGCUGCCUGGACUCAGCCAGAAUGAGCAGAGCCUCCAGAUAAGCACCUACUGCCACCUUAAGGGGAGGCCAAGUCCCCACAACCCAGAGUUUCAAGGGUUUGAUAGUUUCCAGGUGGAAGGGGAAGAACUCAAAGAAAAUCACAUGAGCCAGAACCUCCUAGUGAAUAUACAGAUCCCAGACAUUUGCAUCGACGAUCAAACCCCUCUUUCCAGUCCCAGUGUUGCAAACGCACAGGUGAUGGCGGAGGCAGCGUCAUGUCCUCUGCAGGACAGCCUCGUCGCUGAAGACAGCGAAGGGCUGGACACAGAGGAGCCCUUGGAUUUGCCUGAGAAGGUUUUGUUGGAAGAUGCAAUGAAGCUGUUUGAUUGCUCUCCAGCUAACUCGGACUCGGAGGUUUCCAGAGAUAACCUGAGCCGCCCCCUAACGUCCAGCGAGAGCGAAAGCAAAGAUUGCGGCUUCCCGUGUGACGACUCGUCCAGCGACAUACGGUCCCUCAAUCUGCCUGAUGAGCUGCUGUCUUUUGACUAUAGCGUUCCCGAGAUCCUAAAUACAGUGGCCAGCAUGGAUUAUUUCUAUGACCUCAAAACUUUCACUGAGGACCCCAAGUGGGAUUUGGAGCGGGUGCUGCAGCCUCCCCAGGACAGUGGGUCGCUCCAGGACCCCAGGCAAGAGCCCCAAGGAAAAGAGAAGCACAGCAGUGCAUCAAUAAAGAAAGGAAAGCAGACAGACAGCAAAAAUACGCCUGCCUCUGCACAGGAGAGCAGCACGUCGGACAGGCAGGAAUGCCUAGCCCAUUCGGAGCAGCUGUACGGAAGCAAAACUGGGCUGGAGCAGGGCUGGGGCAUUGCAGUUAAUGACUGA